AUGCCUGCAUCGUUGCAGACGUUUAGCGAGGGGCUGAAGGCCAUCUCCAAUAUUCGUGAGAGCGAGGGGCUGAAGGCCAUCUCCAAUAUUCGUGAGAGCGAGGGGCUGAAGGCCAUCUCGAAGAUUCGUGAUAGCGAGGGGCUGAAGGCCGUGGAUUGCAGUCGUGACUCACAGCCGCUGCAGCCGCAUGUCGUGAGCGCCAGAAGGAGACAAUCUAGGUCUAGCGUGGUCGUGUCGUAUUGUGACGAUGGAGACGAUAAGGAUGAGCUUGGCAUCAAGAUUGAAGAGAGUAACUCUGACGUGUGUCCACCAAGGAAAAAGAGAAAGAUCUCGGAUCGAGCAAAAGCCACAGCAGGAGGCAAUAACCCAGAUAAAGAGAUUGCCAUUGAUCGUGCUCUUCAUAACCUCCUGGAAAGAGACAUCAUCAGGGAGCGUGUGGAUGCGCUGGCCAAACGAAGGUGUGAUCCGUCGUCAGUAGCAACCGUGGAAGUCGUGGCUAGAAAGAUGCUUGGAGCGAGCGACGAUGAGGGAAAGGAUCAGAAGUCGUCAAUGUUGCCCCCUACUGUCGCAACUCUGAGAGCGUUCAAAUUACUUUUACUGAAACGCAAGAAACUGGUGAAGUCACGUGACAUGUUGCCUGGGGAGCAGAAACCCGGAGCAGUUAACGGCUGUGAAUCCCAGAUCGUCCACAUCCCCGGAACAGAGGGCACCACUGGUCGUCAGCCUUACAUGUUGAAGUUCCCAAAGGGCACCCUCAUACGUGACGUGUUGAAGACCAUUUCCCAUCCGAGCGAGGCGAAAUCAGGAACUAAAGCUACCUCCGGUACUGCUGCUGUGGUGCCGACCAGCACUCAGGCACUGCAAGCAGGAACAGCCAUGGCAUUGAUGGGGUCAUCACAGCCACAGCUGCUGUCAAUGCCAACCAAGUUACCAGUGCUCGACCCUCCAGGUGCUGUCAUGGUGGGGAUUUCUCCGACCACAGCUGUCAGCACGACGACGAGUGGAGUUGCUACGACAAUGAGUGUCGUUGCUAUGACAACGAGUGCUGUUGCUACGACAAUGAAUGCUGUUGCUUCAACAGCAAGUGGCGCUGUUACAACAAUGAGUGGUGCUACGACGAGCAGCGUUGCUACGACGACAAGUAGCGUUGCUACAACGACGAUUAGUUCCGCCACGACAACGAACGGCGUCGCUACAACAAAUACGUCAGACAGCCAGACGUCGGCGGCAGCACAUCCUCCAAACCUCGUGGUAACCUCCCUGGCGAAGCAGCCGUCAGCGACAACCUGCUACAGCCCUGCCGUCGGUCAAGCGGCCGCGGUGAGCGUCGGUAAGCAAUCGUUCGUCGUACAUCUCGCUCCGGGACAGUCGCUCAACCUGAAGGACAUCCGGAAGCAAGCGCUCGCCGAUGCCACCCAGAAGACAGCGCCGGCGCCACCUGUCGGUCGCCGACAAUCCGCGUCAGUGGGCGAAAAACAGGCGAGGUCGGGUCGUCCGGCCGCGGCGGCGAGCGAAACGCCGGCGAAAAGCUCCGGGAAGAAUCGAGGGCAGACGGAGUUGUUGGAGGUGGCGAGGCGGUCUGCAGCCUACCGGCUCGCGAAGAAUAGGUUUGUCUCGCUGUUCUACUGGCCCGCGCUGAUGUCGACGAUUGAGCCGCCGCAGAGUCCAGACGAAUCGGUGGCCGUUCCCGAGGAACUACUGAAGGAGCCCGGUGAAAGGUAUUCAACACAUAGUGUGACUUCCCUUCUUUAGCGCGAAUUUUUUACGUGUACCUUUACCUCGACG